GCGGAAGAGGCAGAGGCACUGGCGGUUUGUUUACGUUUUUACUACUGCUGUCUCCCCGCGGCUGCCCGGCUCCGGCUCCGGCUCCGGCUCCGGCUCAGCAUGGUCUGCGAGAAGUGUGAGAAGAAACUUGGCACUGUGAUUACACCUGACACAUGGAAGGAUGGAGCAAGAAACACUACAGAAAGUGGCGGACGAAAACUAAAUGAAAAUAAGGCACUGACUUCAAAGAAGGCAAGAUUUGAUCCUUAUGGGAAGAACAAAUUUGCAAUAUGCCGGAUUUGUAAGAGUUCUGUUCAUCAGCCAGGGUCUCACUACUGCCAGGGAUGUGCUUAUAAAAAAGGCCAAGCCUUAACUUUCUUUGGAGGAGACUUGGAUCUUCCAUCUUGUUUUAGGGGGAGGCUGGUAAAAGCAUGGUUAUUAAAUUCAGUGGAGCUCUGCUGAUUUACACCAGAAGAAAAUGGGGUCCAGUGGAAGAACAGUGUAAAAUCAAGUCCAGUAAGACAUCUGUGAUGCAUCUUUUUAAUUGGGUAACACUCAGAGUGUCUCCCGUUUCACACCGUAGUCAAAAGCUUCACCCAUGUAAAAGUUCAGACUAAGAGUAGAUAAGGAAAGACCUCUUUCUGUGUAACCAACUCCAGCACAUAAGUCUCUAACUUGAAAAAAAAAUCUUGUAUAUCAGGAAAUGUAUGUUUUAUCUGUCCACUGUGAGAGCAGAAGCUAAAGUGGCAUAUUCUGAAAACUAGGAUGGGAUGCAAUAUCAGCCCUAUAUGGAUGAGGGAUAGUUCAGUGGUUUGAGCAUUGGCCUGCUAAACCUAGCAUUGUGAGUUUAAUCC